CUCCCGGUCUCUUAGUCCCUUCACUUCCGGCUUCAAUAGCCUCGACUUCCGUUCCCUGGUUGGAACCAUCACGUGGUUGAGUGACGUCAGCUGGUGUCAGCCAGAGAUAUAAGCAGGCAGCGCGCUCUUCCCAGGCUUCAAACCAUGCUGGCUUCCCUCAGGCACGUGUGUAGAAGUUACAGCAGGUUUCGGAGAGGGGCGCCUCCGUCGCUUCUUCAGGCCAAGGAAGUUCAGCUCACACCAGAGCCUCCAGGUGAAGCCAACCAGACAGUGCUGCAUGUUCCUGUAAUGGUGAAUGAAGUUAUUGAGUGUCUGGCACCUCAAGAAGGACAAACUAUAUUGGAUUUGACUUUCGGAGCUGGUGGUCAUACCACAUCUAUCCUAAGGCAGGCAUCUAAUAUUAAAAUAUUGGCCCUUGACAGAGACCCAGCUGCAUUUGCUAUAGCACAACAACUAGCACACGGUUAUGGGCCCAACAUUCAACCAUUGUUGGGGCGAUUCAGUGAAGCUGAAGACUUACUGAAAUCUGCAGGAGUAGAGCCUGGAUCCAUAGAUGGGGUCCUGCUGGAUGCUGGAUGUUCGUCAAUGCAGUUUGAUACACCGGAUAGGGGAUUUUCACUCUCUAAAGAUGGUCCCUUGGACAUGAGGAUGGAUGGUGACAGGUACCCUGACAUGCCCACCGCUGCGGAUGUUGUGAAUGCCUUAGAUCAACAGGCGCUUGCGUCCAUCCUGAAGACAUACGGGGAGGAGAGACACGCCAAGAAAAUAGCUUCAGCUAUCGUUCAAGCACGUAGCAUAUACCCCAUCACCAGAACUCAGCAGCUAGCCAGCAUUGUUACAGGUGCUUCGAUUCAUUCUCGGACAGAUCUUCUUCAACGGCCAGCACAUGUGGCGACUAAAACUUUUCAGGCGCUCCGAAUCUUUGUAAAUAAUGAACUGAAUGAACUUUAUGCAGGGCUAAGCACAGCCGAGCGGUUCAUAAAGCCCGGUGGAAGGCUUGUUGCCAUUUCUUUCCAUUCCCUUGAAGACCGCAUUGUGAAGAGGUUCCUCCAUGGAAUAGACAUGGCUGAUAAGCCAAAUUUAGCGGCGAGGCAUAAAAUAAGGCAAGGCCAGAGAAACAGCAAAGAGUUUGAGGAUGAAGAAUUUGAAAUGCCACAAUCUAGUUCAGCUUGGACUGUUAUCCAAAAAAAAGUGCUCACACCCCAAUACCAAGAUGUUUUAGAAAACCCACGUGGGCGGUCUGCUAAACUGAGAGCAGCUAUAAAACGAUGAGUCUUGUUUUAUUUUAUUUGAUAGGGCCAUUGUAUUGACUAGUUAUCUAUAGAACAAACAAUGUGUUUUAUAUGAUUUUUCCCCAUUAAAAUAAACAUGGAUGUCUUGUGUCUGAA